UUGAUCAACUCUUCGCUUCAACCGGAGCUUCUCCCAAAUAUUUUCAUGGAGACCACACCCUUUCAAUUUACCAAUAACACACCUCUCUCGCUUUCUCCUAAUUUCAUUCUCCCAGAGGAAAACAGGCCUAUCCUCUCAGAGGUAUUUUCUUCAGCUUCAAUUCCCACCAUCGACUUAAAUAACCAUGAUAUUGAUGAUUUAGUUUCAAAAAUUUCACAAGCUUGUGAGAAAUAUGGUUUCUUUCAAAUUAUCAACCAUGGAGUCCCCAAAGAAUUAUGUCAAAGAGUGUUGGCUGUGGUGACAGAGUUCUUUCAGUUGCCUCCUGAGGAAAGGGCACAGUUUCUUACAACAGAUCAUCGCAAGCUAGUAAAAGUUUUCAAUUAUUACCAAAAGGUUGAAGGCCAAGGAAAGGUCUUAAUGUGGGGCGAGACCUUCACGCACCCUUGGCAUCCUACUGAAAAUUUUACUCAUUUCUUACCCACAAAUCCUCCUCAGUAUAGAGAAGUUUUUACUGAAUAUGCAAGGGAGAUUGGAGGCUUAAUGGAUAGGCUUCUUAGCUUGAUGUCCCAAGGGCUUGGCCUAGAGAAGGAUUGUUUAAAGAGGAAGCUAGGUGAGAGGCCUGCCACAUAUACACAAGCAAAUUACUAUCCCCCAUGCCCAGACCCUGAGCUCACAAUGGGGUUGCCUGCUCAUAAUGAUAUUUCUGCACUCGUGGUACUCCUACAGAUGGAGGGGGUCUCUGGCCUCCAAGUGGUCAUAGAUGGGAAGUGGGUACCUGUUGAGCCUGUGCCGGAUGCAUUCGUCGUCAAUAUAGCUGAUCAAAUGCAGGUGUUGAGUAAUGGAAGGUACAAGAGUGUAUUACACAGGGCUGUAACCAACAAUCGGUUGGCACGACUAUCGUUACCAAUGUUCUAUGCACCAAAUAAUGACACUGUAAUUGGUCCAAUUGAGGAUUUGAUAGAUGAGGUUCACCCACCAAUGUAUCGAAACUAUAGUUACAAGGAGUAUAUGGAUGAAUUCUACAGGCAAGAAGGAGCGAGGAGGAGGGUAAAGGAAGCUUUUGAGUUACAGCAUUAGGAAUGUGGUCUUGAACUCUUGAUUCGCCCAAUAUAGGUGCUUGUUUUUGUUAUUGUUGUUGUUGUUUUCUU